AUGCAAAGAUUUCAAAUUCUAUUUAGAGCGUUUGUUCGUUAUUUUCCACGUAAUUUCGUUUCAGCUACUUUGCAUUCUCAAGGUGCGAUAACACUAAACAAACCAUUUUUAUUCUCAAAAAUUUCUCGCAGACAACCGGAAACGCGUCCUGUAGGAAUUGGUUAUAUUUCAACCGAAAUUUUUCUUACUUCACUAGGCUGUCGUUGUCAGUAUAGUACAAACGCUAAUGAGCAAAAUACACAAUCAAAAAAUAUUCCUACUGUCGAUUGGAAAACUUUAUCAUUUUACUCAUUUCAUGCAUUUCCCAAUUCAUUUUUACACAAAACACGUGAAUUACUUUUACUCAAAUUUGGCGAAAUGGGUAUAGUUGGUAGGAUAUAUAUCGCAACCGAAGGUAUCAAUGCACAAUUGUCAUGUCCAGUAGAGCAAUUGGAUGAAUUAAGAAAAUUUUGCGAUCAAGAAUUGAAGCUGGAGAAUUUGGAAUUUAACUUUUCAACAAUUCACGUAAAAGCUUUCCGAAAAUUAAAUGUUAAAAUCAGAAAUCAGAUAGUUUCUGAUGGUUUAGAAAAAGGGUCUUACGAUUUGUCUAAUCAACCGAAACAUCUCUCUCCUGAAGAAUGGCAUACAGCAUUGUCUAAUGCUAAAACUCCAAUCAUUCUAAUUGAUAUGAGAAAUCACUAUGAAAGCGAAAUUGGAUAUUUUGAAAAUUCAAUUCGUCAAGACGUGGAUACUUUUCGCGACAGUAUAAUUUCUAUGAAUAAAAUACUUGAAGGAAAGCAGAAUGAAGAUAUUUAUAUGUAUUGUACUGGAGGCAUUCGGUGUUCAAAGGCUGGAGCAAUACUUCUUUCGAAUGGGUUCAAAUCUGUAUAUGUUCUAAAGGGUGGAAUCACGGCAUAUGGCCGUUACAUUACUUUAAAUCCAUCAGUUACUUCAUUAUACAAAGGUCGUAACUUUACGUUUGAUAAGCGUCUUGGAGAACCGAUUACUAACGAUAUAGUUUCACAAUGUCACACCUGCGGUGAACCAUGUGAUACUCAUACGAAUUGUAGAAAUAAAACUUGCAAUUUAUUGUUUAUACAAUGUCAAGAAUGUAGAAAGAGAUUAAGCAGAACGUGUGGCAGUGAAUUCUGUUUACGUCUAGUUAAAGCUUGGGAUGAGAAAUUUGGUAGACCUUCUGGAUUUGAUGAUGUAAAACCUGGUUAUCAAUGCGUUUAUGAUCAUGUUCAUCGAACACGUCCAAAAUUAGUGAUUGAAAGAUUAGGUGGGGCGUCUGCGAAUGUACCAUCGGAUUUAGUUGAAAUGCUCUUAGAAAAAAAUUCAAACAUUAAAAACUAG